GCAGACAAACCAAAGAUGCGAGCCCUGGGAGCUGUCAUUGCCCUCCUGCUCUGGGGGCAGCUUUUCGCAGAGGACACUGGCAGUGAGGCCACUGGCAGUGAGGCCAUGCACCUCCCAAAGCCCCCAGUGAUUGAAAAUGGCUAUGUAGAGCACAUGGUUCGCUACCAGUGUAAGACUUUCUACAAACUGCACACUGAAGGAGAUGGAGUGUACACCUUGAACAGUGAGAAGCAUUGGACAAACAAGGCCGUUGGAGAGAAACUUCCUGAAUGUGAAGCAGUAUGUGGAAAGCCCAAGAACCCAGUGGAUCAGGUGCAGCGGAUCAUGGGUGGAUCAGUGGAUGCCAAAGGCAGCUUUCCCUGGCAGGCUAAGAUGGUCUCCCACCAUAAUCUCACCUCAGGGGCCACACUGAUCAAUGAACAAUGGCUGCUGACUACAGCUAAAAAUCUCUUCCUGGGCCAUAAGGAUGAUGCAAAAGCAAAGGACAUUGCCCCUACUUUAAAACUCUAUGUGGGGAAAAAUCAGCUUGUGGAGGUUGAAAAGGUAGUCCUACACCCUAACCAGUCCAAGGUAGAUAUCGGGCUCAUCAAACUCAAACAGAAGGUGCCCAUUGAUGAGAGAGUAAUGCCCAUCUGUCUACCUUCAAAAGAUUAUGCAGAAGUGGGGCGUAUAGGCUACGUGUCUGGCUGGGGACGAAAUUCCAACUUCAAUUUUACUGAGCUACUGAAGUAUGUCAUGCUGCCUGUGGCUGAUCAAGACAAGUGUGUACAGCACUACGAAGGCAGCACGGUGCCUGAAAAGAAGUCACCGAAGAGCCCUGUCGGGGUACAGCCCAUUCUGAAUGAGCACACCUUCUGUGCCGGCAUGUCCAAGUUUCAGGAAGACACUUGUUACGGUGACGCUGGCAGUGCCUUUGCUGUUCACGACCAGGACGAAGACACCUGGUAUGCGGCCGGGAUCCUGAGCUUUGAUAAGAGCUGUACUGUGGCCGAGUACGGGGUGUACGUGAAGGUGCCCUCCGUUCUGGCCUGGGUGCAGGAAACCAUCGCUGGCAACUAAUGCUGACAGGCUGGCAGCCUCUGCCUAAGAGCAAGAAUUCACUCUGGGAGGAAAAACUGCAUGGGAGUGGAGGGGGUAGAACACGGUGUGAAGCAUGCUGAGUCGAUCAAUAAAGGGCUUUCUUGAGUCA